UGGUGACCACUUCCCCUCCACGGCGGAAGGCCCGCCCAGCAGCGCGUUGGAUGCUAGUAGGCCGUGGCCGUGAAAGCGAGCUCCAAGUGGCGAAGAUGUCAAAACGUAAAGUGUCGUUUGAGGUUGGCGGUGGGGACCAAGAGGAGCGGCUUCAGCAGGUCCCGAUGAACGGAGGGGGUCCCGGCAGCCGUUUCAAGGAUAAACACUCACUGGACAGCGAUGAGGAGGAAGAAGGGGACGAGGGAGACUCCACAAAGUAUGACAUGCUGGCCACUGAGGACAUUGAGGGUCAGGAGUCAGCCACCAUCGACUAUGACGAGGGCAUCAAGAUCACCCCCUUCAACCUGGAGGAGGAGAUGGAGGAAGGCCACUUCGACUCUGAGGGCAACUACUUCCUUAAGAAAGAGGGCGAGAUACGUGACAACUGGCUCGACAACAUUGACUGGGUUCGCAUCAAGGAGAGGCCAGCCCGCCAGGACCCAGAGACGGGAGGAACGGAAGCCCCAGCCGACGUGCGGACUCUCCUUCGCGGCAUCCUAGAGUUGCUGAAACCUGGGGAGACAGUGGCGGGUGCCCUGCGACGGCUGGGCGGGGGUGCUGGCAGCAGAUCAAAGCGCCCCUGGGAGUCACGGAGGAAGCGGAGGAAGAAGGAGGGGAAAGAGGAGGAGGAGGUGCAGGAGGGAGGGGAGGAGAAGCCCAGCCAGAAGGAGCAGUUGGAUCGGCUAACGGGGCUAGCAGACCAGAUGGUGGCCUGGGGUGAGUUCGAAAUCUACCAGCACACCUAUGAGAGGCUGGGGUACCGGCUGAAGAAGGGCGAGAGCCAUAAGCCUCCUUCCAAAGGAGAACACACCCCCAGUAUCGACAUGUUCGCGGAACAGAUCGAUGAAACAGCACUGGCAUCGAGGCAGGAAAAAGAGGAGGGUUCCUGCCCGGUUGAGCUUCCAGAUGUGAUGUGGGAGUACAAGUGGGAGAACACAGAUGAUGCAGAGAUCUAUGGCCCCUUCUCAAGCGCCCAGAUGCAGGACUGGGCUGACCAGGACUUCUUUGGGUCUGGUGUGUACUGCCGCAGGGUGGGGCAGCCCUCUGCCCCUUUCUACUGUUCCCGCCGCAUCGACUUCAGCCUCUACACAUGACCUCCGCAGAAGGAGGAGGCAUAGUGACUGCUGCCCUCCAGCCCUGCCAAUCCACCAUGGAAAACAUUGCUGUCUGCGGAUCUCCCCGCAUCGGGGGGUGGGCUGGGGAAUGGCCCAAGUGCACCCUUCCCUCUCCGUGUGUGAGAGCAGAUGGGUACAUCGCGGCUAACUUCUGCAGGUGUAUGUGAGAGUAUGUGUGUGUGUGGACUUGCGUGAUUGUGUGAAAGUGCAUGAGAGUUCAUGUACUUAAGAAUCUGUGUGUGUGUGUGUGCGCGCGUGCUUAUGUGGGCUAAAAGAGUGAUUAACUGUGUUUGACUGUGAGAGUGUGUGCCCCUGAGUGUGUCUGUGUGAGGGAGAAGCGUGUAUUGACUUGUGCCUGGGUGUGUUUGCCAGUGUCAACCUGAACCUUGCCUUCCCCUCCUGUAAAAUGCACACCCAUCUCUGUCUCGACCCCCGCAUCUGUGUCCGCAUGUGGUUCAGUCUCUCGCCUUGUACAGCCCCUGCCCCUCCCAUGCACACAGCAUCUUGUGUCCGCACCUGCCAUCUGCGUUUUCGGUUUAUCUGCACCUCACUGUGUACAUGAUCAACUCUUGUCGGGCUGCUGUCUGUGUGUGUGCACACACGUGUCUCAUGUGUGUACUUUGUGAUCUGCAUUUCUCUCAAUAUAAAUGCGAGUUGUUUGAA